CGGAAAACGAACGACGUCGAAGAAGCUAAGAAAGAAAUAAAGAGAGAGAGAGAGAGAGAGACGGUAGAUCGAGAGAGCGUAGACAGAGAAGUGCGCGCCACCGACAUCGUCGAACCGCGACUGGCUUCGCCGAUCUCUCGCCUCUUCUUCCUCCUUUCACGAAUCUUCGUGCACGUCUCUGAAGCCGGGACUCGGAGGAGGGAGGUGACACUUUCGGAACGUGGACACGCGGCACGCACGGAUCGUCACGCUGGAUAUACGCGAGGAUUCAGGAGAACUCCGCUGGUUACCGUGCUCCCGUACAGGUCGGUGAUAGUGUGUUGUGGUGUAGCACGCGGAUCAAGUGUUUCCACUCCUACGCGAGGCGAGGACAGAGACGGUCGUAUAGGAGGUACGUCGAUUUUCCUGCGGCAUCCCGGAAGCGAGGACAACAACCUACGCGACGGUGAUCGUCAACGUCGAGCCAAUCUUCACGGUGCGUGUGUGUGUGUGUGUCCUCUGUUCGUACAUCAGGUAUUCCGUGUCCUCGUCUAUCCGCUGGCCGUGCCGCGCGUAUAUACUCGUCCGAACUAUAAUGCUGGCGGUUGACGGUUUCGGUGAUCGACGACGACGCGGCCGGUGAACUAGUGACAGUGUGAAAUCGAUCGUCAGGGAAACCUGCUAGCGACCGGGCGUACACUAAAUAUAGCCAGGAAUAAUGGCCAGCGCGACAAUGGGACUCCGUCGCAGAGUGCCGGUGAACAAUUCGCCGACCCCGUCGAGCCAAUCCACGUCCGCGGCUACCGGCUCGUCCAGCAAGCGAUCAAGGUCCGAGAACAACAACAGCCCGUCCCAUGGUAAUCUGAACUCGAUGAACGGUGCACGGGACGAGCCACCGGCGAAGAAAUCCCGUGGCACGUCGACCACCAAGACGUCCUCGUCGCCGGAGACCAGCCCCGCGACCAAGAGUCGCGGGGGUUCGGUGUCCAGGUCUAACGCCCAGUCUAAAACGUCCGCCUCGUCGGCGUCCACGACGGACGGCGUGUCCAACGGCAUUUUGUCCACCAGUUGGACAUCCUCGAACAUGUCCGACGUGUCCACGUACGCGUCCGUACCUGGAUUGAACAUGGCCCCCAGCCCUACGACCGGCCUGUGCGCCGGUAGCCUCAGCAUGACCACCCCGAUACCCUACAUGUCCUCCUCGAUGGCGACGUUCGUCGGGAACGCGACCAACCUGGGCAAAAGCUCGUCCGUCUCGUACCUGGACAUCUCGAACAUGACCGGCGGAUCGUUGAGCUCGAACACAUCGGGGAAUCUGAACGGGAGCUACGUCGGUAACGGGAACGCGAACGGCGCGAUGGACUCGAAGAACGUGGGCAUGCCGUUCCCGGGCAUCGCACCGGGCGUGAACGGGACCACCGCGUACGGGAUGCAAAAGGGAGGACCGGAAAGUGCCGGGCUGCCGAAGAAGUUUCAGAACGACGGGAUGUUCAAUGCGUAUCAACCGUGGGUGAUCAAGACCUACGGGGACUUGGCUAAGACCAAAACGAUCACGAUCAAAAAGUAUGCUCGUAUAUUGAGGACAUUGAGAGGGGAGGAGGUGAACAGUGCGGAGAACAGCAAAUUUCGAUUUUGGGUGAAGAGCAAGGGCUUCCACAUCGGCCAGCCGGAAGGAUACGACGCGAAACCGGCGGACAGGAUUAUCGGCCGUCAUGCAGUGACGAGCCCCGGAUUGGAUCCUCCGUUGUACGUGCCCACACAGCUGCCGCACAACAAGGCGUUAAACGGGGCUGAGGGAACCGUUCCACCCGGAAGAGUGUACAAGAAGGUUGCAAUCGUGGAGAACUUCUUCGACAUCAUUCAUGCUGUCCACGUUGACCUUGAAGGUCGUCCGGGAAAGCAUGCCGGUCAAAAGAGAACGUACAGGACGAUCACGGAAACGUACGCCUUUCUUCCCCGUGAAGCGGUAACGCGAUUUCUGUUGGGCUGCACGGAAUGCCAACGACGUCCGCGAACCCCAAGCCCGACGAAUUUAUCCAACCAAUCGCAGUCGACGUCGGCGGCGUCGCUAACGACGACGACAUUGACGUCGACGACGGCUACGACAGCGUUGAGCGGGAACCAAGCGAGCGCCGCCCUAACCGCGACGUCGACGACGUCGGUGCAAAGUAGCCCUAAGCUGCGCGAGGGAAAUCACGGCGUCGAGGGCAAGCCUCUCUACAGUUACAGGCAUCAAAAGCAUCAAAAGGGUAGCUCGGUCGUUUCGACGGACAAAACCGAUAAGGAGAAAGAAGAGAAAUACAAUCCCCUGAGUAUCACGAAUUUGCUGAAGAAGGAGCCCCAAGCUGGCAGUUUUUUGCCGACCACGGACAGUCUGCCCGAUUCACGAAGAACCCCCGAGUCGGAUCGAGCCAGCUCGAAAAGCUCGGCCUCGUCGAAGAGGAAAAGGAUGUUGCCAGAGGGUCGAACACCGUCCCCUCAGCCCAGCCAACCGUUGCCAAGGCCGUGGAGCCCUGGACUGGAUCCCAAGAACACGCCCAUCGACUACAGUCUUCCCAUCACUACCUCGUACCUGAAGCAUCAGCAGAGGCUACUGCAGGCGGAGAAAAACAAGGCCGCUGCGUUAAAGGAGACCGAGACCGAGCAGAAAGUCACGGUACUGCCCACGGAGGAGAUCGAGAACGUCGAGAGGGAGAGAUAUUCACCUGCCACUGGAUUGAUCGAUACAAAUCUCAAUCUAUUGGCUACCAUUCAGCACCUGCACUGCCAAGUGAUGCUGGCCCUAACCGAAAGGCUCAGACCUUCCAUCACCAUGCCAAGCCCUCUCGUGCUACCUUCUGCGGCUAAUGUAUUGUCGAACGGUAUGAUGAUCGGCUCGGAGGUGUCGGUGCAGACCGGUGAGAAUCACGCGUGAAGAGAUCAACCCUGAAGGAAGAAUAAUUAAAAAUCAGAAGUCAGGAUUUUAAUUCCUCCGUCCCUUCUCUCUUGGGCAUCGAAUACCGUUUAGAUGUCUCGUUGUUUUUAUUUUUGAAAUCGUAUCAAGGACGGUUAUUGCCGUGGAUAAUAAAGGGAUGAUAUUUUUUAUCUGUCGUGGUACAGAGACAAGGGAUGGAGUUCACCAAUUUCGACGGAAACACAGGUUUCUUUCUCGAUUCGUCAGCUAAAUGCGUCCUCGGCCGACUGCUCAGGAGUCCGCGAUUCUUUCAGGACGAAGUUAACGCGGUCAGAUAUCCGAUCCGAGCUGCCAUUCAAACUCACGGCUAACGCGAUCAUCUAUUAAAACCGGAUAAGAUCAAUUACUUGGUCGGCGUCGCGGCGUCAACGUCAGUUAAACCGGAUCGCUCGGUUCGUUUUCGCGUUCUCGAUAUAGACGACGAAACGGGACGCGAAUUAUUCGUGAGCCUGUCAAAAUAUGGGUCGAACGUCGCAUGUCACCGAUUUAUAGACGAGCCGCAACGACCGCAGACCGAAAUCCGCUUCUCCUGACCCCGGGGCCGUUUCGAUAUAUUUCGAGAUCGGAUCGAAUGCGAGGAUGGAUUCGAUAGGCGAUUGUCGACGCGAGGAUAACUGCUGAAUAUUUAAUCACCGGACAAGAUUGUACCGACCUAACUCGUUGCGUGGCUGACCCGCGAUGCUUUCGAUCGUCCAUGGAUAAGUCAUCCAUCCGGUUCGAUGGAUUUUAAAACGGACCGGCUAUAACUCAGUUUAAAACAAACUUUGAUGUCUGAAAUGUGUUAAAUACUGGGUUAUCCAAAUUGUCUUUAAAAUAUCAUUGAUUUUUGGUUGUCGAUGUUACACGAUCGCGAUACGCACAAUUACGCUUACUUUCGAUCGCAGGAUGUCGAUUUUCGGCUGGGAAUCAAUGUAUAUCGACAACUAAAUUGGGACCUCGCUUUGUAACGCGAACGUUGUUAAACCAAAGGCGUCGUGGAUGAUAUCUCCAUGUGAUUCAAUCGAAUUAUUGCCGAUUUAUCGUUGAUAAUGGGAACGGUUCCAUUGGUGUGACGCUAAAGUUUUUUCGUAUUUCACCGUGUAGACUAGCUUUGUUUAUGAUGUUAAGCUAGAGGGUAGUAUUUUUCUUCGUGUAUCAUGAAUAGCUUGUCGUUAACCUCGAAGACAACGGGUAUGAUCACACGGACGUGUUUGUAAUAGAGGUUUGAUAAUCGUUGUGAAAGUAGAUACAGAAAUGUUGAGGAUGACACGGAAGUGUUGAAUAGCAACGGAUCUAUUAUUUUGUAUAUAAUCGUUGUAACAUAGCGCAGAUAGUUGUUAAGGGUAAAGCGAGCGAUUGUAUUAUUAUGAAUAAUAUUGCUAUUAUUAUUACCGUCACAGUUAUAUCAUGAUUAUGAUCAUUAUUAAUUAUUAUUAUUAUU